CAGCGUUAGCACAAAUUUUAUUUAAAUUUUUGUGUCGCAAGAAUUUCAAUUCAUAAAGAGAAAAAAAAUAAAUUUUUUAAAAGUUAUUUCUAUUUUUUCACGAUCGAGCGGCAAAAAUUUUACACACACAAAAAAUGUGAACAACACACCUACAUCAUAAUUAAUAAUAAAAAGUGUGUGUUGUUGUUGAUACAAAAAAAAAAUAUUAUUAUUAUUAUGGAAGAAAAAAGAAAAUAAAUAAAAAUAUAAAGAGAAAUUAGAAAGAAAAACUUGAAAAAAAAAUAAAUAAAUUGUUACGAAUGAGUGAUUCGCUCGCAAAAAGGUUCAAAGACCUUAAAACAUAUUUUAAAAACUGAAUUUCAAGGUAACUUUAAAAAAUUCAAAGCAAUAAAAAAAUUGCAAAAAUAGACGAUAAACAAUACAUAAUCAAAGAUUAUCAAAAUCGCGCAAAAAAGCGAUUAAAAGUGACUAUCUUUAAAAAUAAAUCAAAAAAUGAGGACAAAGCCCAUUAUAAAUUAACUAAAAAUAAUUAUUUCAAAUCAAAAGUCUCCGGUGUUUGACGCGGCAUUGUCGUGUCGUGUCGUGCCGAGCUGCGUUUGUCACACUCAUCUAGUUGUAAUAAAUAAUAAUAAUAAUAAUAAGUAAUUGUGCUGUGAAUAAAUUUAAGUAAUUAACAAACGUGGCAUAGAGAUCAACGACAAAACGCAACAGAGAUCCAAACAUGACUGUAAAUUAUUGCGCGAGACGGAGUUGUUUGCAUGGCAUCGAAAAUAACGCGAGUGAUUAUUGUUGGAAGCGAGAUAACUCUACGGAAGGAUUAACGUCUUGACGUGUGCUUCGAAAAGUCUCUCUUUUGUGAACAUUCUCGUAAAAAAAAACUUUUUUUGUAAUUUAAAAAGUGAUUUUAAUUAAAUUAUGUUUUAAUUAAAAAUUUAAAAAAAAUAAUUUUUUAAAGAAAAAAGAAAGAAAAAAAAAAUCAUAUCAAAAUGAGACCUACAACUUUAAAUAUAGGAAAACAACAAAAACACACCGAAACAUCCCAUUUCUUAAGAGAAGCAUUUGAAGCAUGGCAGGCACGAGCUGAAGCGAAUUUCGUUCCCGAAGAUAAAGUUCAGGAGCUUUUUUAUGCCAUUCGAUUGUAUCCAAAUCAACAACAAGUUGAUAAUAUGCUACAAACAGCGAAAUUAUUUACGAGGCGCUGUAACAACUUUGAGCCGCUUAAACAAUGCACGGGACUGUCUUUUGGAGAGUUUUGUGUUUUAGCGUCGGAUUUGAGGAAGUUUAGAACUUACACAAAUGGCAUGUUCAGCAGCAACUCAAGCAGUAAGGAAUCAACUCCGACACUUUCAAACACAAACACGGAACAAAAAACGAAAGUAGUCAUCAGCGGAUCUGAAGCUUCAACUCCCACAAAUGGUCCAGAAGUGUUUUUAGGAGGUUCAUGCAAUCCAACUACUUGGAGAGCUGACGUUGCGAUUCCUGCUCUUGAUCAAUUGGGCAUUUCCUUUUACAAUCCACAAGUGUCUCAAUGGACUCCAGAUUUAAUUGAAUUAGAACAUCGUGCAAAGGAAAAGGCCCGCAUUUUGUUCUUCGUGAUCGAUUCAGAGACACGAGCCACAGCAGCUGCCAUCGAAGUCGCUCACAUCGCGGGACAAAGUCUCAAACAUUUAGUAUUAGUCUUGCAUCCGUACAAAAUGGGGCAAAAAAUCUUGAAUGAAACAAUUUCGAAUGAAGAGUAUUUAGAUUUGUCUCGAAAUCAAAAGUUGCUGCGACAACUCGUUUGCCGAAAGGGUUUGCCAGUGCUCGAUAGUAUUCCAACGGCAUUGCAGCGAGUCAAAAGUAUUUUAUCGGGCGAAGAAGAACGAGAGCCUCCCGAAAAUGUUGCCUCAAAACUCAUUUCUGUUCGCCGUUCAUACGAUCGAAUCAUCGGUAAAUCCGAGUUUGGACUCACUUUGACGCAAUGUCAAACAGCUUUAACGUGGCUUGGAUAUCCGGAGUCUCUUGUAACGCAAGAGAAUUUGAGGCAAAUCUUGAGCACGAUGAAGGAAAUUAAGCAAAGCAGUGAAUCGUUGGAGAAAGUUUACAUCAAUUUCGAAGAAUAUUGCACCGUGACGUCUUAUUUGUCGACGCUGCAACAAGAAAUUAGCGAAAGUUCUUGCGUUUCACCGAUUAAAGGCACAAAUUUGCCUCCGCCUCCCAUUUUUUUGAGUAAUUCUCCGGAAUGGAUUCACAAUCAAUCCAUCAAGACUCCCGUUACGGAUAAGGCGCCUCAAUUAGCACAGCAACCUCCUCAGAACAUUUAUCGCAGUCACACGCAACCCUGCAAAAGCUAUUCGUCAUCUGGCGUCGAUCCUCUCGAUCAAAUCGGGAACAGAGACAGCGGAACAUCGUCUCCCCUGCCAAGCGAAUUGUGUCGUUUCCAAUCUCUCCAUUCGCGAAUCUCGGCAACGAAAUCAUCGGGCUCCGUCAAUAUCGAACUUUCACGCGGGACAAGUCGAAGUGCAAGCGGAACAGAUGUCGACAUCGACGAAAGUGACUCGAAUGAUUCCGUUUUCUCGACAGAUGGCGGCGAUAGCGGAGCAUCUUCGGCAAAUGGCGAUGAUCACUUGAAUGCUCCAAUUUUCCCGAGUGACGAACUUUUGAGCGGCUUGGCAGCAGCAUCGCAAAUCGAGUUGCGUGACAUUUAUUUGGGCGGAAGUUGCAUGGUACGGACGAGAUGGCGUCAAGAUACGGCAAUUCCGUAUUUCAAGUCGAACGGCGUUUCGUAUCAUUUGCCGACGUUGCACGAAAAUCUCUGUAAAACGCAUUUAAAUAGUUUGGGAGAGGAAAAUGUCGAUCCGAGUGACUUUUGUUCGUCGCUGUUUCCUGUGGGGGGACGAGAUGGCGCGAUGGAUGACUCGUUGAUGUAUAAUCCGAUGAUUUUGGAUGCAGCGAGAGUUUUGUUGUUUGUCAUUACGAAUCAGACGAGAUCGUUGGCUCCCAUGACAUUGGCGGCGCAUUGCAUCGGGCUCGGAUAUAAUGUUGUGCUUUGUGUGCAAAUGUUGCCGGAACCGUGCACCAUUGGACAUGAUCAGUUAACUCCCGUUGCAAUCAAGGACUACAACCGAGGUCGCUCUUACUUGAUUGACUUGGCGAAACGGCAAGAAAUUCCAUACUUUACCGAAAUUCAACCAGCACUGCGAUGUGCCAUAGACAAAGUUCGCGUAUGCAAGUCCCGAAAUUCUGUAUGACGUUAAAUUUAGGCUCAACGAGCACAAUUUUUACUACAAGAGAGAAUGUCUGUUUGUGUACUUUAUUUUAUUUUUUACAUGUUUUGAAGAGAAAAUUGAGUAAAAUUCAAGAAAUAAAUGUAAUGAAUGUUGUCGCGUUGCAUUUUAAAUUAAAAAUUUUAUAAUUAAUCUUAAGUUUUAAGUUAUUUUUAAGAGAAACCGAAAUAAAAUGUUUGAAGCUGAGCUUCGAGAGUACGUAAAUUUUUAUCUAAUCUUGAAAUAAAACGUAAAAUAGUUGAAAAAUCUCACAAAUUAGAUAAUAAAUUUAACUUUUUAACGAAAAAUUAUAGAAAGUAAUUUACUAAAAAGCUUUUUGUCUAAUGUAAUUUUACAAUAAAAAGCACUAAAACUGCUUAAAAUUUAGAAUUAGUUCAAGAAACAAGGAGAUUUACGAUGAAAUAAAGAGAAAUCUUUCAA